CUUCCGCCGGAGCGGGUCCCGCCGACGCUGGAGUAUGGAGGACCCGGACUGCGACUCGACCUGGGAGGAGGACGAGGAGGAGGACGGCGAGGGCCCGAGGGCCGGAACCGACGAGGAUGGCGAGGCCGGCGCUCCGCGGGACGUGGAGGCCGAGGCGGACGCGCGGCCCAGCGCGUUCCAGGUGACAGGGUCCCGAAACUGGCGAGCAGCGCGGGACACACGCAGGUACCGGCACCACUACCCGGAUUUGGUGGAAGGAGAUGCCAGUGGUGACAUGCCCAACCUGAGUUUCUACAAAAACGAGAUUCGGUUCCUGCCUAACGGCUGUUUCAUUGAAGACAUUCUUCAGAACUGGAAGGAAGAGUACGGCCUCCUGGAGGAUAAUCACUCCUACAUCCAGUGGCUGUUUCCCCUGCGGGAGCCAGGAGUGAACUGUCACGCCAAGCCCCUCACGCUCCAAGAGGUCGAGGUGAGCUCUAAAGGCCAGGGGAGGGGCCUGGCUGGCCACAGGGGUUCACGUGCCCCUUCAGGAGCUGCUGGCGGUACAGGAGCUAGAGGAGCCCCUCCCCCCAGCCAUGUAAUUAUCUUCCCUCCCAAGUGGUCCUCGCCUCUGCCCUCAGUGCUCCUUGCAGGCUUCCAGAGAAAUCCGACGGCGUUUAAAAGCUCCACGGAGGCCAGGAAGCGGUUGGUCCAGGCCUACGAGCUCAUGCUGGGCUUCUUCGGCAUCCAGCUCAAGGACCGAGACACGGGCCGCGUGUGCCGAGCGCAGAACUACCAGAAGCGCUUCCAGAACCUCAGCUGGCACAGCCACAACAACCUCCGCAUCACCCGCAUCCUGAAGUCUCUGGGGGAGCUGGGCCUGGAGCACUACCAGGCCCCCCUGGCCCGCUUCUUCCUGGAGGAGACGCUGGUGCGCCGGCAGCUGCCGGGCUUGCGGCAGAGCGCCCUGGAUUACUUUGUGUUCGCUGUGCGGUGCCGGCACCAGCGCCGUGAGCUGCUGUACUUCGCCUGGGAGCACUUCCGGCCCCGCUGCAGGUUCGUCUGGGGGCCCCACGACAAGCUGCAGAAGUUCAGGCCGUGCUCUCCUCCCUGCUCGCCCCGGCCGGCCCGCCCAAGGCAGGCCAACGGGGAGGAGAGCCCUGGGGAGCCCCUCCUCGAGGCCGCAGCCCAGGGGCAGACCUGCGGGCCAGGGAGGGAUGAAGAGGGGGACCCGGUGGCCAAGGGUCCCCAGCCUCCCGGCACAGAGCCCCAGGAAGCUGGAGCCUCGGAGAAGGACCAGGGAGAUGAGGCCGGCGACGAGCAGGGGCCAGAGUCUCCAAACCCCAAGGAGAGGAAGAAGAGGAAGUUGGAGGCGAAUCUGCGGGCGCGGGCCCCAGGGGAGCCGGGCCCGAGCGCCUCGGAGGUGGAGAAGAUCGCCCUGAACUUGGAGGGCUGUGCCCUCAGCCAGGGCAGCCUCGGGGCGGAGACCCAGGAAGUGGGCAGCCAAGCCCCGGAGGAGGCCGAGCAGCCCCGCCCCCAGCCCCUGGAGGCCAAGGUGGCUGACGACGUGAGGAAGCGCAGGAAGACUGACCAGGGUGCCAGGGAUGGCACUGGGGUGGCAGCAGGUGAUGGCACCGUGACGCUGGCCGCCGCCCAGCCCCCUGCCCCGUCAGGGCGCCCAGUGGCUGAAGAGGGUGAAAAUGAGGUCAAAGAAGAAGCAGGGCCGGAGCAGGGUGCCCCCGGGAGCCCAGCCACUGCAGGACCCGAGGUGGACGAGAGGGCAGAGCCCACGGAGGCAGGACCCUCUGUCCAGCCCGGAGAGCCUUAGGGAGGGGGAUGCCCGGGGCCCUGCCCUGCCCCGCCGCAGGCCUGGGAGCCAUGUGGCCAGCUGUUCCCCGCCCCCAGCGCUGCGGGCCUCUCCCUGCAGCCACCACUGCAACUGCUGGAAGGGCAGGCCCCCCCUUGGGGAAGGCCAAGGCUUCAGCACCCUUCUUACCUCAACCUCACUUCCCGCCUCUUUCGUCCUCUGUGCCGCUGCCCGGCCCCCACCUUUGUAACCUGGCUCCUCAUGGGCUGGGGGGUGGGAGGGGGGCUCAUUUUCUUAGUCUGGUGCAGAGGCCUUUUCUGAAUAAACUCAUCUGACUUUUGAGUGUU